UGAGUCUACCUGGAUAGUCAAAAGAUGAUGGUCACCAGGUCACUCCGAGUAGGAAUGCGUCCGGCUGACGGAAAACGCCAUGCAGUUCAACAGAUAUGAUUGAAGUUGUCGGUACAGCUUCAAAGUUGGACUGGACGUCUGGCACAUAACAAUUCCACUUUCAUCGCCUGUCAUCGCCGGCAAUUGUGAACAGCUGUCCUCGAAACGAAUUCUUUCACUAUGGCCAUGGCACAGACACGCUACAGUCUACUGUGUAUAGUGUUGGUUAGUAUGAGCCAAUUCACGCACGGACAGCCGAACGCGUUUCCACUGUGCCCUCGCCACUUCACACUAUUCGAUGUCGUCCGCGGUGCGGCUGUAUACGCAGUUGAAAAUGAGUCCUCUAGUUCCUUGCCAUCCAUCACCUGCUGUAUACCAGGUCCCUUCACGCGAGACGGAUUCAACUCUCCUCGCCAGCCAUACCCGGCAUCAUUCUGGUAUCACCGAGACUCUCUAGUGUCCAGCAUUCCAGGUUUCAAUAUUUCCAAGCUCGUCACCUGGGUGGCAAGCACUCGAACUGCGUACAAUUACCGCACUAUUGUUUGGCCAAGCAUCAUAACCAAGAGCGUGGCUGGGUUGUACUCAUGCAGUUAUCCGGAAUUGGGACUUGCAAAGAAUUUGCCGCUGAGUUACUUCCAUCUAAUAGUAGGCAAAAAGCCGAAAAUCGCCUUCAUCACAAGGUCAAUGACGGUGAUGUCAACAUCUUGGAAGAUCGGAUCACUCCGAUUGCUGUGCAGAGCCACUGGUUCUUCACCUGUAACAUACACCUGGACUAAGGACGGAGUUGCAUUAGCAUCUAGGAAAGGAGCAUAUGGAUUUGGCGGAGUAGUGUCUGUCAGCAACUCUGGAACGUAUACAUGCUCGGUGUCAAACCCAUUUGGACGUGCCACUGGACAGCUUUAUCUACGUGUGCUCGACAUACCAAGAUUCUGGCGCAAACCAGUACCAGCUAUGAUCAUGUCCAGCACACUUCUGGCAAGGUCUGUUCGUCUGCGUCUUGUUCCACCAUCAUCAACGGGCGAUUCACCGAUAACAAGUUAUGAAGUCACUUGUAGACCGUACGUGGAGUACAGAUCAUAUGUGAAGGACACUGUACAGAGGUUUUCAGUGACCAGUGUCACUGUUACUGGUCUUCAACCAGACACCAAGUACAGUUGCUGGUAUCGUGCAGAGAAUGCAGUUGGUCGCAGUGGACCAGGUCCAAUUCUCGACCUCCGGACACCCGAGUCACGUCCAGCGAAGCCGGGAAAGCUCUCUGCAGUGUCUACUUCACAAGGGCAUGUCACAGUCAAGUUUAAACCAUUAUCACCAGCACUUUCCCAUGGAGUACUCUUUGGAUAUCGAAUUACUUUUAAUGCAACUUCGUGCACUACGCAUCAGGACUGCCCAUGUCAGAAUUACAAAUGCUCUCUACAUGGAUCUGCCUCCUUCCAUAACAGCUGGAUCAACAACUCCAUCUCCUUGUCGGGUCUGAGAUACUUCACAACAUACCAAAUAUCAGUUGCAGCUGUCAAUGGUGCUGGUGUUGGACCACCGGCUACGGUGGAGUUGAAACCGGAUCUCCAGGAAUUUGCCCCGGGUCCGGUGGAGCGCUUGACUGCCAUGGCAACAUCUACCUCUGCGAUUCAUACACGAUGGGCUGCAACACAGUCACCUAACGGCAAUAUCCUGUACUAUACACUGGAGUAUAGUAUGGUGAAUUCUCAGUCAUCUGUGCAGAGAGUCAAGGUCAAUAUCAGUACAGCAAUGUUACAAUACAACAUCACUGGACUACUGAACAACAGUGAUGUUCUGAUUACAGUGUUUGCUGUCAACUCUGCUGGUCCUGGACCUGGUGUCACUACACGUGUCAGAACAAUGGGAUUUGGUGGAGAGCGUAAAAUGCCUACGUCACCCUAUACUCAGCCCAACACUGCAGUCUACUGCAUAAUGCCAACUGAUCAUGAUUGGACGGCAUAUGUUGGAAGUUCUUUCAGCCCUGAGACCAUUAUGAUGAUGGGAAACCACUUCCCAGCAGGUUCAUCGGUAAACUUGACAUGCAAGGAUGGGUUGUUUGUAUCAGGAAAUCCAUCACAACAGCAUCAAGUCGUCACGUGCCAAGAGAACGGGAUGUGGAGUGUCAUAAUUGUAGCAUGCUCAGCAACAGAGCGGAACGCAUCUGAGGAUCUAACGGUUGUCUUGGUUGCAUCGAAGUCUCCAACAAUGGUCGUAGGGCUGGUUUUGGGACUAGCUUUAUUCUUCUGCAUCGUCGUCAUCUCCGUACUUAUUGCUAAGAAAUGUGAGUGCGCUGCGCUGGAAUACCUUCACAUGUAACUGUGGUACUUGGAGUAGAAUUUAUGACAGGUGCUCUGUUCUUGUCACUCACCAUCCUAUUUGGUUGCAGUCAACCCCCUUGCCCAUGGAUCUGCACACCUAUUGAAGCAUGCAUCCUUAUCAGCAUAUCAGCAGAUUAUAGAACCGUGAACAUUUUCGAAUGGGCACAUCAACAAUUUUCCCAUGCACCUCCAUCAUUAUUCUACUGCAGAAUAUCAUGACUGGCCGCUAUCCCCCUUUUUUUCCUUUUUAGAAUCCUAAAUUCUGUUCUAGAACGAUCUCCAGCAAGACAGUACGUGCAUGAA